UGCUAAUACCUACCCAAUAUGGCGGCAAACAUGGCCAGAAGAAGUUGGAGUGUCAUAAGAUUCUCCAAAAAUAUGACCUCCUUGCAACUUUUUAGGCAGAGAAUUCUACUGAAAACAAGUAACAUGUAUACGGAAGGUAAGUGAAUACAUUUCCGGAUUCUUGUAAUUUAGCUUUAGACUUGAGCUUAAAUGAAAAAAUAAAGAGCGAGUAAAAUACAUUCAAGUUUAAUUCGUGCUGUUGUAUUAAAUGAGGGAUUUUUUUCGCUGCCUAUAUAGGUUCCCACAUUCAGAUGUACACUUAAACUGCAAAACAGUCGGUUUUGUUUUCUCAAAAUCGUUUUAGAGUAGAGUUCUGAGUAAGCUUAAGAGUAGCGUGAAAGCCUCGCGCGCGAGCCUUAUACGCCCAUAGGGCGUGUGAGGCGAGAGAAAAAAAACCGAUACACCUGGUGAUUGGUUUCGCGAGAGAAUAGUGCAUGUUAUUGUUUACGUUUGGCUUCACUUAUGUAUCAGUCAAUUCUUGCUGCGCCCAUCCCUCCUUGGGCUACUGCAGGCAUUUGCUUGCGCUGUUACUCCUGGGGGUGGGCAUUUACCAACCCCAGGGCCACCCCCAAACUUUUGACACGCACGUGGUUUCGUACUUGAAUAUAACUAUAACUACACAGACGAUUUUAAUGAAAUACAAGCGGAUUGGCUCAUCUGUCAAGGAUGGAAAAAACUAAGAAAAUUAAGAGAAAAGAUUACAUGUAUGAGAACUUAUGAAACAUUUACCAAAGGGAAAAUGCUUUCAUUUUUUUUUUUUUCAAAUUUUCCCAACUAAUUCUUUAAUUCAUUGUAUGGAAACCAGCCUGUAGAAUUUGUAUAGUGGAUAUUGAGAAUUAAGGUACAUACAGUGGAACCUCACCUUACGGCCACCUUGGUAAUAUGGUCAUCUCGUUAUUACGGCCCUUUUUUUUGGCCAUCGGUGACCGUAUUAACAGGGUUCCACUGUAUAUGAAAUGUGCAUUUUUUAACUUAAUAAUGCAAUUAGCUACAGUACCAGAGUCUUCACAUCUACAAAUCGGUAACUUUCAUUGUGCUUGACCAAAAGCUCUGUGCUCAACAACUCAAUCAUGCAUGGACUGGACCAAGGAUUUUCCAAAAAAUUAGGGUACUUAGAUAAACAUUAUUACUACUGUUGAGCACUGAAUGUAUUAAGUUACAUGUUUGUGUUGUAGGUUAAUCCAUUUCCAGUACAUCACAUGCAACAAAACAGUACAAUGUUAAUCUCUUGUAAGCCCUCACAAAGCCUUAUGUAUACUAAUGCAAUGCAUUAAUUAUUGUUUCCACGCUCUUUUCCCUAUCUUUCAGCAUCAGACACUUUUCAAACAUUUGAUCAGACAUCAAAACGGAAGGAUUUUAGGAGAAUGAAGGCAGCAAUUUACAAGAAAAAUAGACAGGAUUCGAACUUGGAAAAGGCAGCGCGAGAUGAAAAAUGUUAGCAACCUUUUUAAACAUAAGUGUAGCAAAUAUAUAUUUGAUUGAUGGAUUAACUAUUAUUUUUCUCUAAUUAUUGAGUAGGGUUGUAAUUGGAAAGUUGGCUAUAAUCAGACACUUGUUGAUUGAACAGUCAUGUCGACCAAUCAUAUUAAGUGCACUCAGCUAAAUCAACAUACGGAAUUCCGUCUAUUGAUCCACGUCACCUGUAAAAUCGCGGGUCCCAUGACUAUUUGCUGACUCACAAAGGAUGCCGAUGCAUGUCGCAUCCUUUGGCUCUAGACCGAAGUGUUAGCGUAUUGCUUCCAUGAUACAAAGGUAAUUUAACUUAAGCAAAUUGAUAAUUCGAAGCUUUCGCACUACUCUCCAUUUUAUCAGGAAAUGCAACUGCUCAGCCUGUAAAUUAUUUUGACUUCAUAAAUUAUUUUAACGAUUUAAGCCAGUAGAAUGUAUGGAAUGCGGAAAACAGACGGAAAGUCGAAUUGUUUCAAAUUGUGCUGGAAGUUGUUUUUAUUGGUAUGCAAAUCACCUACCCCUUUGCUUACUUUCCAUGAAACUGAAAUAUCCUGGCUUUUUUACGACUUUUCAAUUUGCUUCGUUUCAUUUUAUAUUAUUUUUGUGAAAGCUGAAUUCUUUCAUUUGAAUUUACACCUUCAAAAGGAAAAAAAUCUUCGAGGAAACGUUGUGUAUAAAACCAUGGCGAUACGUGUCUAGUUCACUUCACUUACACUUACGGGCAAAUUACCCUUCAUUUGGGAGAUUUCCCUGGAGACAAAAAUGUCGCCUUUGAUUUCUCAGAUGCUUGCCUUUUUUGGGCACCCUGUUUAUUUUGACUAUCAAGAUUUUUUUAAGCUUCGCUUCAGACUUUUCAUGCCAAUGUUAUAAUGUGGGAAAGUUAUGAGAAAUGCUGUAACUGAAUAAAGGCGUGCAACAUGCUUGAAGACUGCAUAACUUGAUCUUAUUGGUAUCUUUUGUUCUUCUAUUGACUCCAAAACAAUCAAGAUGUUUCACCAAUUUCCACCUAAAU